CUCGGGCUCCACCUGUGUCACGUGUAGCUGGCCUGCGUUUGGGACCUUCCAGGCGGACGCAGGGCAGACCUGUGAGCGACGCCGGCCUGUGUUAGCGUGCAGGGUGUCGCCGGGAACACGCUGGCUGGAAUUGUGCUUGUGUGAAGUGGCUUAACCCGGAAACAGCCCACGUCCUCUCCAGUCAAAAGUCAAAGUAUGUGGAGUAGGGAGUGACUUAUUGACUGGAAGGAUCGUCGCCCAGGUCAACACGUCUGGGCCUCCUUGCCAUCCCCUUUCCAGUGUGCUGAACGCAACCUCGCUGCCGCGUUCCAUAAUUGAGUGCGUUUCGCAUGUAAACACUACCGAGUGUCGGUCCGAUUGGCUUGUGUUGGAAGCCAAGAUGAAAGUGCUUUGAUAAUUUACUCCGUUUCCCCGCGAGUAAGCCUCACGUGUACGAGCAGCCACCCUUUGUUUUGAUCUUGGACUAUGUGCAGAUAGUGAGUGUGUGAUGUAGUACGGAGCCGAGUGUCGCGACGCUAAUUGACAGCCGUGAGUGAGCCGUGAUAAUGAGGAGCAGGAGUGAGGAUUACGACUGGACCUUUUUGAAUCCCAGGUGGCCAUGAGGAUGACUCCGCUCCGUGGCAGGUCCGAGUGAUUGACUACCCGGACGUGCAGCUGAUGCGUCCCGGCCAGCGGGCGUCGUGCAACACCAUGAACUUGGAGAAGUUGAUGGCACUCGAGCAAGACGAGAUUACCAUCAGACCUGGGGGUCGUGGUGCCCCUCCCCCCCCCCUACCCAUCACCACGCCCACCACCAGUACGAGAACGACCACGCGACCCCUACCUGCCGGACCUCGUGGGCAGCGCCAUCCUGCGGGGCGCCCGCAGCAGAGGCAGCGUGGGCUCGUCGGUCAGGGACGGCUCGGACACCUCCAGUGCCUACUCGGGAUCCGACACCAUGUGCCACUCGCUGCAGUCCUCGCUCGAGCCCGACGACGUCGACCUGUCAGGCCUCACCGAGAGCGCCGUGGACUCCGACGAGGAGGACUUGGCCGAGAGCAUCGAGAGCCUGGCGGUGCGAGACGCUGUCCGGGAGUGCCUGGAGAAGGACCCGAGCGAGCGGACCGAGGACGACAUCGACGUCUUGCUCGAGUUCACACAGCGUUUGCGAGCCUUCUCCAACAUGACCUUGGCCGUGAGAAGAGCCAUGUGUCAGGCCAUGGUAUUUGCUGUAGUAGAAGAGGCCGGCACAACCCUCAUGAAUCAUGGGGAAGAACUGGAUUCAUGGAGUGUCAUCAUCAAUGGACAUGUGGAGGUCACACAGCCAGACGGUUCCGUGCAUGAGCUUCACCUUGGAGACAGCUUCGGCAUCACGCCCACAAUGGAGAAGCUCUACCACCAGGGGGUCAUGCGCUCCAAGGUGGACGAUUGCCAGUUCGUGUGCAUCCGGCAGACAGACUACUACCGCAUCUUGCACCAGGGGGAGGAGAACACACGACGCCACGAGGAGGACGGCGUUCUGGUCCUCGUGACAGAACAGAGGCCCAUCGACGCAGGCAACAGAAGGGGGAAUAUUGUGAUCAAGGGAACCGCAGAAAGGCUCAUGUCACAGCUGGUGGAGGUGGAGAACAAUGUGGAUCCAACCUACGUGGAGGACUUCUUACUCACACACAGAACCUUUAUUGACAAUCCACUCCAAGUGGCAAACAAAUUAUUAGAAUGGUUUGAAGACCCCUCUCUAAGAGACAGAGUGACACGAGUGGUGUUGCUCUGGGUAAACAACCACUUCACGGACUUUGAAAUGGAUCCAGUCAUGAUGAACUUCCUGGAGCAGUUUGAGGAAGGACUCGAAAGAGAGAAGAUGGCGGGGCAGCUCAGGCUGCUGGACUUCGCCUGCGCCACCAAGGCCAGGGCGAGGACUGUGACCCUCACGCGGCCUUCCAGGGAUGAAAUCCUCCACUUCUCCAUCCUGGGGGGGUAUGAGCGAGGAUUUGGAAUCUUUAUAUCAAAGGUUGAGAAGGGGAGUAAGGCCGAGGAGGUUGGCCUGAAGCGUGGUGACCAGAUACUAGAAGUCAACGGCCAGAGCUUCGACCACAUGAAUCAUGGACGUGCCCUAGAGAUUCUUCGUCAGACGUGUCACCUAUCAAUCACUGUUAAGAGUAACUUGUUAGCAUUCAAGGAGAUGCUACAGACUCCUGACAAUUCCCCAAGACAACGCCCGAGAAAGCCAUCUGACCCGCGGGGCCUUCAUGACGGCAACUUGCCCCUCAACCCCAACUUUGCAUCCACCAUGAACAUCCCAAGCGACCACACUCAGCAGUCUCCUAGGGACAAAGGCAAGGACAACAAUAACAAGACAUCCUUCAUGACAAUGAGUGGCACCAAAGCCAACAGGUUCAGGAAGGUCAAGAAUCUGCUGAAGCCAAAGACCAACACACAAGAGUCACAAAUUAACAGCGAUGAAAGCGUGUCGUCCCAGUCAAGUGUGGGUGGUGGACUCUACCACAGUCACAGCAACCCAGAUCUGAGCACAACUGGAGCCUAUGAAGAUGUCAGAACAGAGUUUCCUGAGCAUGUAUUGAAGGUUUAUCGAGCAACUGACCAAGCUGCGAGAUUCCUACCGGUCCACAAGGAGACCACAGCUCGCGAGGUUGUGAUGCUCGCACUGCAGAUCUUCAACAUCAAUGACCCUUCGGGUUCCUCCAACUAUGCACUGUAUGAAGUCUCAGUCACAGAAGAAGGCCUCACAAAGCAAAAGAGAUUACCAGACUCACUGCAGAACUUGGCGGAGAGAAUAGGACUAAGCAGUCGAUACUACUUGAAGAACAUCACAGUGUCACAGACUUUGGUCCCAGAUGAAAAUGUGAAUGAGUUGGUCAGGGAGUCAACAGUUUACUUCUUACAACUUAACUCAGUUGAGUUAGCUAUUCAGCUUACUCUUGAGGACUAUACAAUAUUCAGGCAAAUUGAACCCACUGAAUAUAUUGAUUAUCUCUUCCACCUCAACUCCAGAUAUGGAACUCCGGCUCUGUCACAAUUCGCUGAGCUUGUUAAUCGUGAAAUGUUCUGGGUGGUCACAGAAGUCUGCUCAGAGCAUAAUCUAGUCAAGCGAUCCAAAAUCAUCAAGCAGUUUAUUAAAGUUGCCCGACAAUGUAAGGAAUGUAAGAAUUUCAACUCCAUGUUUGCCAUAUUGUCUGGUCUGGGGCAUGGAACGGUUUCGAGGCUAAAGCAGACCUGGGAGCGCUUGCCUUCCAAGUACCAGCGCAUGUUCCAUGACAUGCAGGAUCUCAUGGAUCCUUCCAGAAACAUGAGCAAGUACCGCAACCUGGUCCAAAGCGAGAACAUCCAAUCACCCAUUAUUCCAUUCUAUCCAGUGGUUGCCCGUGACUUGACAUUCACUCAUGAGGGUAAUGACGACAAGGUUGAAGGACUCAUCAACUUCGAGAAGCUCCGCAUGAUUUCACGUUACAUCCGUGACCUCCAGAACAUGUGCUCAGCCCCUUACGAUCUGUUCAACAUGCAGGAUGCUGGAGGUCAACCCCCAAGUGCUGCACUCAUAACACUCAACCAAAUGGGAGCUCAGAUUGCAACAGUGAAGAGAAGGAAGAAAUCCACUGCUGCCCCUGACAAGAAAAAGAUGUAUGAAGAGGCUCAAAUGGUCCGGAGGGUGAAAGCAUACUUGUCUCGGUUGCAAGUGAUUACAGAUGAGGAGCAGCUUCGCAACAUGUCCUUGGAGUGUGAAGCAGGUCCAGAAGGGCAUAAACCUUGGGUCCAGUAGCGCCCCACCCACCAACCCUCCUCCAAGACGGCGCCCCCACUCACCAACACCCUCCACUACAUCAUCGACUUCAUCAACGUCACAAACCUCUGAUGGGAAGAAGCAUACUGCAAAAUUCGGAGCCACAUCUCCCCAGUCCAUAAGCAAGAUGAAGGCCCUAGCCGAGCCCAAGACGAAGCCUCAUCACGGCCCACGUCGCAGGGGAGCCAUCAACAACCAUACCUCUCGCUCUACCCAUGAGCGGUCCCACUCUGACACCCAUGCUGUUCCCGUGGACCUUAGCGCAGAGUCUUCCUCUGUUACCUCCCUGUCCAAACUCCACAAAUCCCACACCUCAGGCUCAGUGACAUCGACUGACUGUCAAGUGGGGCCCGGGGAGUCUGAUUCUGGCAUCUCUACCCAUUUUGACUGUCACUCCUCCUCCUCGCUGGAAGUUGGGGGAGUUUCCGGAUACGAGUGUCACUAUCACUCCUCACCUCCAGCCCACCACCGACGCUACUCACAUCAACCAGAAUCACGGUCGCGUCCUCCCUUUCCGCAUGCAGUAGCUGUGCUGCCACCUAUUCCUGCAGCAGCAGGAAUGGGUAGUGGACGACGACGCGGAGCUCCGGGACAUCCCCCUGACUACGCAGAAACUCAGAUGAGGAUGAAACAAAUGGGCCGAGCCCUUUCCCAUGAUGGUGUGCAAUAUUACCGGCAGACACACCUUGAUGAUGAAGAGGAGGAUGCCCAAGUCUCUGCAGUGUGAAGGUUGACGCAACCAUCUGUGAUGAGACAAACAUGAGAGGUCCUGGAGGUCCUGGACAGAUUCUACCUCCUCUUCAGGAAGACAUUUGGGACUUCCUACACAACAAGACCAAGCCAUUGGAGUUUCCGGUUGUUAUAUGUAUACCCUUACCUAGAAUGCAUAGCAGUUAGUUGAUGGGGGUGUGCAGGACAACUGUGUGAUUAUCCUUUGCUUAUCUUGUGAUAAUAAAAGUUAAGAGUUCAGAAGCCAAAGAUAGAUGGAUUCCUAUGGCCAUGAGAGUAGGCAUUAAAAUCUUGUAUGUUUGUUCUACUCUUUGAUGUAUGACUUAUAAAGACUGUUAGGCAACUGAUGACUUGCUCAUGAGUCCUUUAAGAAAACAGUAUCCCUUUAAUAUAUAGAAUGAAGAAAUAUUGUGUUUCAUUACCUGAAAAUAUGAACACAGUUUCUUUGAGGGAGGAGAUAUAAUGCCUUUAUGACAUGUCAGCUCUCAGGCCUUAGGGUACUUUUGGGGCACAGCUUCAUUAAGAUUUUUAUGGAUGUAACACAUUAUAAAUACAUGUAGAUCAUGCCUAUAUGUGGAUGUCCUUGUAUAUAAUUAUAUAGAUAGAUAUAUUCAUGUCCAUAUGAUAGCCAAUAAGCAUAAUGUGUAGAUGUAUGUAAUGCAGUCAACAAUUGUGAGACUUACUCAGAGCUUCAGUAUGAAGAAAUUUUAACUUUGUAAAUAGGAAAUUUAAACAUAUGGAAGCUUCAUGUAAGACUCAGGGAUUGGUGGCUCAAAGAAUAUCAUUGGUGGAUGUAAUGUUCCACCUCCUGUUGUCUGUCCCUCAUUUUGAUGAAGCCAGCCAGCCAUAUUGUCGUCCAAGUCCAACCUAGCCCAGGGAACCACUGAUGAUGUUAGCUAGCGUGUGCGACUGUGCCCACAUGUAGUAGAUGUGGGCUUAUUAUCUUGUUAUCUCUUUAUUUAUUUGUAAAUUGGCUAAAAAACAUAUUUGGAGAUAAAGAUCGAUGAGGUCAGCAGUUUCAAAACUUCCAUGAUGAAGGUCUGAGAUGUAGAUGAAACAUAUUUUCAGAGCUCGGUGAUGUAAUGAUAAGUUUGUUUCUUUUUCUUACAGAAAAUUUGCAUUGUCAAAGGAUAUUAAGAUAUAUAUCCCCUCCUCAUAUUCAUAAUUCCCUUAAGUAAGAAAUAUUUGUUCCUCAUUUGAGGAAUUAUUUGAUUAUUAUUUGAUUGUUAUAAAAUCUUGCAUUUCAUGAAUGUUAUCUGUAAUAGCUAUUAAUAUCCCAGUUUUCCACCCUUAUGUCUAAAGAGACAUCAGAAUAUUCAGUGUAAUGUAAUUUUGUUGUACUUUUUUGUAAACUGAUAAUGAGUCAUGUCGUUUCCGUGUAAACUAUAUGCCUGAAAUCUCAUUGUCCAAUAUUGGAUAUUUUCACAAGUUAUUUUCUCGACAUGCAAAUACGUAGAUACUCUUGAUAUAACUUCCAAACCCCAUGGCCCUUUCUGGAGGCCUGGCGGUGAUAUGUACAAAUAAAUACACUUCACUUUGUAAA